UGUUUUUCGAGGUUUUUCAGACAGUUUCUGUUGGGACUAAAGAAGUACGGAAAGGGGGAUUGGAGAAACAUAUCUCGUAAUUUCGUGACAACGAGGACACCUACACAGGUUGCUAGUCAUGCACAAAAGUAUUUCAUCAGACAGCUUUCUGGAGGGAAAGACAAGAGGAGAUCAAGUAUACACGACAUCACAACCGUCAAUCUUGAUCACGAAGCCAACGCUUCUUCUUCUUCGCCGGAGAAAGACGGGCCCCACUCGCCCGAAAAAUCGAACUUCACAUUGCAGCCGCCACAUCAGCACAGUUUGGACGGAGAUAUUGUGGUGAGAGCAACAUACGAUUCUUGUCUGAGAAAUAAUAAUUCAGGCGAAAUGAUGGGAUUUAGUAGUAAUUGCCCACAAAACGGAAGCUUAAUGAUUACUCAUCUUCAAGGGAGUUCUUCGUUCGGGAUUAAUCUGCAUGAACACGAUAUGCACAGAAUUGAUCCACACGGGCUCAGAUUAGGGCAUCAUGGUACGGUUUUUCAAAUGCAUUCGACUCGACAUAGUUAGUUUUUAGACACAUAUAUAUGUCCCAAUACCUUUUUUUAAUCAGGGGGGAUUGAUCGCUUGGUUUCGUUUCGAUGAAACUUAGAAGAUCACAGAAAGCUGCAUCGUCAAAUAAAACUAACACGAUUCCAAGGUAAAAAAAGAACGAGAAAAAUCGAGCUAGAAGAAGGAAACGCUUUAACUAGCUAGUGCUUGUAGAUAUUAUUAUUAUUAUCGUUGUUGUUGUCGCUGCUAUUGUCGUUGCUAUUGUUGUUGUUGUUCAUCCACAAAGUGCUAAUAAAUAUUGAACAACUAUUUGUCUGAAAAGACAAUUAUUUUGUUGUUAGUUUCAUUCAAAUCAUCUGCAAUUGAAUUGUCACAUAUUUUUU